AUGGGCGACAAGUUCAACGCAACACUGUUAUUUAUGUAUUUAGUCAACAGCCAGCUAUCGGGAGUAUUCAGUAGCAGAAAGGCAACCGUAAGAGGCACAGAGAGCAACAGCAGACGCAUUGUAGUUGGGCAGGCCAAAAAUCGUUUGCCGACGGUUGGCUAGCGCAGCGGAACGGGUACAUUGGAUACGCACGAGGAGCCGUAGAAAGUGAAAAGAUAUAAAAAAACAACUGCGGAAACGAGCGAGAAGUGCGUGGAGGAUUUCUGUGUGAGAGUGAAAGUUUGCACAAACAAACAUCUGGAGAAAAUCAAUCAAACCAAAUAAUAAAUAAAACAGAUUAAGUGCAACCAUACAUAAAGUGACCAAACAAUAUAAAUAAUGAAAAAAAUUAACAAAAUAUAAUGUAAAUAUAAGAAAUCUCCGAUAAUCCGCAUAUUCUAAAAACACAAAAAAAAAUAUUCAUUGAGAAAAAUGAAAUGAAAAAGUAACCCUAAAAGAGGCACUGAACGUGAGAAAAGGAAGAGAGUGGGGAGUGUUUACAAAACUCAAAAAAAAAGAUAAAAACACGCACACAAUUAACUCUAGACUAAAAUUGAGUACAAAACAAAUCAAAGUUUAUUAGUAAAUAAAAAAAUAUAAAUUUACUUGCAAGCAAUUCGUCGAACACGCUUUACGAAUCUCCACUGACAAUCAUACACGGUGUAGGUACUUCUUUAUUGUAUUUGCCUCAAGUUUGGGCACAAUUGACACAUCCACAUCACUCAAAGCAUAUAAACACAAACUAUAUGGAAUCUAUUUAUUUCACCUGAUAACGGUAACAAAACCAACUAUUGACGGCAACUGCUCAACACUGCAAACACUCACAAUCAAGUGCACAAUAUCAUUUUACCGCUAUAAUCGUAGUUAGCAUACGAAUUUGAAAAAAUUCAAGCUGCAAUCAUGUAUGGCAUGGUGUUAGAAUCCGUCCAACACUUCAUUCAAGAGGAAUUCGGCGAGGAAGUCUGGCGUCAAGUAUGCCAAAUAAUCGACUGUCGCCACAAUACAUUCAAAACACAUCAGAUUUAUCCCGACACACUUAUGCCCGACAUAGCCGCCGCAUUGUCGGCGAUCACUGGCAAAUCCUUCGAUUGGUGUAUGUCGUUCUUUGGCAAUUGCUUUGUGCGAUUUUUCAGUAACUUCGGCUAUGAUAAGAUGAUACGUGCGACAGGGCGCUAUUUUUGUGAUUUCCUACAAUCCAUCGAUAAUAUUCACCUGCAGAUGCGUUUUACUUAUCCGAAAAUGAAGAGCCCCUCCAUGCAGCUCACUGAGGUGGAUGAUGAUGGUGCUGUUAUGGUUUAUCGCAGUGGUCGUACUGGUUUUUCGAAGUAUCUGAUGGGUCAAUUGACGCAGGUGGGGCGGGAAUUUUACAAUUUGAAUGUGAAAUGUUCGGUGAUUGAGAGUCAAAAUGAUAUAAACGGCGGCAUUGCUGGGCCGAUAAAGUUGAGUCAUGAACCGCUAACGGUAAUUGUGAAAUAUCGCUUGGACUUUGAUAAUCGUGAAUAUAUGGCGAAGCGUGUUAACGUUGUGGCGCAUCCAACACAGCAGAUACUGCCAAAGAUUAAUAUUGAUGUUUUUCUCGAUCUGUUUCCAUUCACCGUUCUACUUAACCGUAAUAUGGUUAUAACUUCGGCUGGUGAAAAAAUUGUUGAUACCUGGAUAUUACAUAAUCAGGGCAAAAAUCCUCAAAAUUUUAUUGGUUCUCAUCUGAUGGAUAUUUUCAAAUGUCGGCGUCCAAAAGACAUCAAGAUAACAUGGGACCAGAUUAUACAAAUGCAUUCUGUUCUUUUCGAAUUCGAACUAAUGCGCACGGGCCGCAAUCAGGCAGCCUACGAUGCGCUCAUGGAUCAUAAUCUCGAAGAUGAAGUGAAAGAGGUACUGAAUAGCAGUGAGGAGAAUUUACUGAAUGUCGACCAAAAAGAGGAAAUCGAUCCACUCACCGGUAGACGAAAAAUAUCGCAUGGUAGCAAGGCGAUCUUGUUAAAAGGGCAAAUGUUUCAUCUAAAAGACAUUGAUUCUCUUAUUUAUCUAUGCAGUCCACUUAUUGAAAAUCUAGAUGAACUGCAUGGAAUUGGUCUAUUUUUAAAUGAUCUAAAUCCACAUGGGUUGAGUCGUGAACUGGUAAUGGCCGGUUGGCAGCAUUGUUCGAAAUUGGAAAUUAUGUUCGAAAAAGAGGAGCAACGUUCGGAUGAGCUGGAGAAAUCAUUAGAGCUUGCUGAUUCGUGGAAACGUCAAGGCGAUGAGCUGCUCUACUCCAUGAUACCACGUACCAUCGCUGAACGUAUGCGUAAUGGUGAGGAGGCGAUUUGUCAAUCAUUCGAAGAAGUUUCUGUCAUAUUCAUAGAGGUAAUGAACAUAUACGCAGGCGACACGAAUGACAUACGUGAUGCGAUGACUGCAGUGACCACCUUGAAUACAGUUUUUUCAGCCUUUGAUGAGGAGAUAAUUUCACCAUUUGUAUACAAAGUGGAAACAGUUGGUAUGGUGUAUAUGGCGGUUUCAGGUGCGCCCGAUAUAAAUCCAUUGCACGCUCAGCAUGCUGGAGAUUUUGCCUUACGCGUUGUGAGGAAGGUAAAAGCCUUACAGAUACCAGAUUUGGCCAUAAGAGUGGGCAUAAAUUCGGGUCCUGUGGUGGCUGGUGUGGUGGGAUUAAAAGUACCACGAUAUUGCCUCUUUGGUGACACAGUGAAUACAGCAUCCCGUAUGGAAAGUAGCAGUGACCCAUAUAAAAUACAAUUAUCAAAUUAUACAGCGAAAAAGGUGCGUGAGGCAGGCUAUAAAAUCGAAUCGCGUGGUCAUGUAACGGUCAAAGGUAAAGGUGAAAUGGAAACAUUUUGGUUAUUAGACGAGCCUAAUAAUGAGAAGAAAUAAUCAUUCGGAAAUGUACAAAAGAAAUUACGAACGCAAUUACAAUGUUAAAUGGUACUAAAUUUAAAACGAUUUAUCUGUGCUUUAUAUGUAUGUAUUUGAU